CUUCCAUGGAGCCUCUGCCCUCUGGCCGGCCGGCCUGCCUAUAAAACGAGAUGCCCCCCCGGUGGCCAUUGCCAACAACCAGUCCACUGACUCCGAGGUGAUCGAGUAGGUAAGCAGCUGCGAGUGCCUAGUGGUGCAGGAGUGAGUGCGAGGGGGGAGAUCGAGCAAACCAGCAGCUAGCAAUGGCGGGUCAGGGAAGAGGCGGUGCAGUCUUCCUGGCUGCGGCGGCUCUUGUCCUCUGCGUGCUCCUCCACGAGGCCCAGGUCGCCGAGUCGGCGGUGUUCACCGUCGGCGACCGCGGCGGCUGGAGCUUCAGCUCCAGCAGCUGGACCAACGGCAAGCGCUUCAAGGCCGGCGACGUGCUGGUGUUCAAGUACGACUCGUCGGCGCACAACGUGGCGGCGGUGAACGCGGCGGGGUACAAGGGCUGCAGCGCUCCCCGGGGCGCCAAGGUGUACAGCUCCGGCAACGACCGCGUCACCCUCGCCCGCGGCACCAACUACUUCAUCUGCACCAUCCCCGGCCACUGCCAGUCCGGCAUGAAGAUCGCCGUCAACGCCGCAUGAGCAUGAUGAUUAACUCUUUCAGUGUGCCUUCUUAUAUAUAAAUCUGCUUUUGCUAUUACCAUCAUCACCAUGUACUAGGGCGUGCAUGCAUAAAUGUUGUUGGUUGCAGUGGUGUGUGAAAUGGGAUUGAUGCGAGUUUCAUAUCGAUAUAUGAAUAAACACAUACAUAUAUACAUUAUACACCA